UGCAGUAACGUUGUACGUGUUUUCGAAGAUUCACACUAUAUUCGCUACGUAGGAUCUAAGAAUAUGUAUGUUCGAAAAUUGUGACUUUUUUAUCGCCUAAAAAAAUUCAUUCGUGCUACUUUUGACUUUGGGUCAAGCCACCAAAUGUAUAAUUAAUCUUUGAUGCGAAAUCGCGUGUUUGUAUUGUUACAGAAUCAUUUUCUGGUUUGAUAUCGAAUAUUUACUACAUCUGUUUAGAUAACAAAUUUGAAAUGCUGUUUUAUUACUUGUUUAUCGCAAUUUUAAGAUACAGUGGUGCGAUUUCUCUGGGUAGCUUGGAGCACCAAAGAGUUCUCAGAGGAGCUGGUAAUUUUUUUCCUACUACCACCAGUGAACCCGAAACCUGCUACACCCCGGAUAAUCAACUCGGUACGUGCGUUUUCAUUAGAAAUUGCCAAUCACUGUUGACAUUGGUGAAUCGUUCGGAGGAGCCGAUCCGAGUCUAUUUGAGGAAAUCAUUAUGCGGAAGGGAUCCGAGAAAUGGUGUCCCAAAGGUGUGCUGCGCUAAAAGCAUAGAUCCAGGAAACUCGGGUGAUAUAUUGACUCCUCGAAUUCCUGUAGACGAGCCUGUGGAGCCGGAUCAAACAACGACACCUGCAACUUCAGUGACCGUGAAAAACGAUUAUUCCAGAUGUGGAAGAUCGAGUAGAUUGGUUACUAAAAUAACUGCUGGAAAAAAUGCUGAAUUAGGUGAUUGGCCAUGGAUGGCAGCGUUGUUUUAUCGUUCCAAAACUGAUUUUCAUGAUGCUCAACCGAAAUACAGAUGUGGUGGUACUUUGAUUUCAAAAGAUUGGGUCAUUACAGCUGCUCAUUGUUUUGAUGAAACAUCUAAUUUGGUUUCGGUGCGUCUUGGAGAUUUAAAUCUGAACGAUAGUACUGAAGGAGCCAGCCCCAUCGAUGUACCUGUUCGUGAAGUCAUUUUACACCCUGAAUACACUACUCGUCCAACAACCAAUGAUCUUGCACUUGUACGUUUAAGAACCCCUGUCACUUUUACUUCUUUAAUUCGACCACUUUGCGUCCUAAGUGGUACUCAGCGAUUCAGAAGUAAUGGAUUUUACGAAAAUAAACGUCCUUUCAUCACCGGCUGGGGUAGACUCAGUUUUCAAGGCGAACUUUCACCAAUCCUGCAAGAAGCUCAAAUCGAUAUAGUCGACAAUGAAAGAUGUACAGCUGAUUAUGCAAAUUUUAGAGCUGUCAUCGAUCAUCGUGUACUGUGCGCUGGCGGCGAUGGCAAAGAUUCGUGCAGGGGUGAUUCCGGUGGUCCUUUGAUAAUCCCAAUUGGAGCUGUUCACUAUUUAGCCGGUGUUGUGUCUUUCGGAGUGGGAUGUGCAAAUCCUGAUUUUCCUGGCGUUUAUACGAGGGUGGCUGAAUUCACCGAGUGGAUUUCACGAGUCACCAAGUUACCUAUUUAACUUUCAUGCUUCCUAAAUAAUUCUUGUAAUUUAUAUCGACUCAGUACCUGCUUAUUUACGUGUAAAAUGUCGAAUUAUUUUUCAUAUGUGAUAUAUUACUAUUUAAGUUUUUUGUUAUAAAAUUGAUCUAUGUACUUUAUGAAUAAAUUUUUUAUAUACCUUUUUUUAUAAAAAAAAAAUGU